UGUACUGAUUAUACUUCCGGAAAACAACACUAGGGAAACUUUGUAUAUCAUGCGUUUCAAGUCAAGGUACUUUCUCUGUGAGGUGGUGCUGGAGGAUCCUCGCUGGAGACAUAAUCUCUCUAAUGCAAUGAUCAUACACAACGUGAGGGAGGCGGUGGCUCGCAUGCACGGGGAUUUUGGAGCUGCAGCUUGUUCAGCAACCCUGACAGUCAAAUAUUUGAAUGCAUAUACUGGAAUUAUUCUGUUUCGAUGUCGAAAAGAUUUUCAUAAACUUCUUUGGACAUCUCUUCCCUUCAUCACCAGCCUGGAUAAUUGGGGACAGAAGUGUCCAUGUUUCAUAAACACAUUACAUGUUGCAGGCACAAUACGAACCUGUCAGAAAUUCCUCAUUCAGUAUAACAAGAAGCAACUCCUACGUCUACUUGAAAAUUGCACAAAUAAUGAGGAGAAAGAAGCUAUACAGAAGUCUGUAUCUAGCUGCUUUUUGCACACUGUAGAAGAAUCAGAGUUUGCAUUGGAUGAAGAGGAUAUGUAAAUCUGACCAUUAAUGGAAUUUGUACCACAUAUGACAGUGCAAAAGAUUGGUUACCGGUACAUAUUUUUUACUACAUUAUUCAAAGGCUGUUUGUGCCUUUUUCUAGGACAAUUAUUUAUUUUCAUGAGCUUAUGAAAUAUAUACGCCUUUUUUUUUUUUUUUAAAGAAGAGGUGCUAUUGUUUAUUACCAACUCGCAAGAUGUGUUGCCACUAAAACCAGAAGUGUAUUUUUGUUUUAAAAAAAUAAACCUUAGUGUAUAAUUAAACAAUGUCCAUUAACCUUACACUAAUAUAUAGCUAUA